AUGGAUAAAAUGGAGGUACUUGAGGCGGUCAACGAUGACGGCCGGAAUAAGGCGAUCUUGAUCGUCACUUCUGUUUUCUUCGCUAUUUCGCUAUUGAGCGUUAUGCUAAGAUGCUUCGUUCGCACUCAAGUCGUUCGGGCUUGGGGCUGGGAUGAUGGUACUAUGGUUAUAGCCAUGGCCCUCAACACGGUCUUCGCAAUUUGUGGAAUCGUCGGGUGUAAAUACGGCCUGGGGAGGAAAUUGGCUUAUUUCGCUCUACACCCGGACGACUUCCACCGCGCAUUGCUGUGCUGGUGGACAGGCCAACUCUUCUACGUAUUGACCUGCGUCGUCGCUAAGAUCUCGAUCAUCAUCGCGCUUCUCCGCAUCACCGUCUCCCGCGUGCACGCCUACAUCCUCUACGCCGUUAUGGCUCUAGCCACCGUCGUUGGUCUCAUCUUUUUCUUCUUCACCAUGUUCCAAUGCUCCCCCGUCGACUUUUUCUGGAACCGGGCACAGCCUAAGGCCAAUGGCUCGUGCAUUGAUAAAAAUCUCCUCAUCGGUAUUGCGUACUUAUACAGCGUCGGCGCCGCUAUCACCGACCUGACUAUUGGAUUGCUUCCUGUGGCGCUGAUCUGGGACUUGCGCAUGAAUCGCCGCACCAAGGCUGCCAUAGUUGUUAUUUUGGGCAUCGGUUGCAUUGCGAGUGCCGCGGUCAUUAUUCGCAUUCCCUACAUCAUCACAUACAAAGAUACCGAAUUCCUAUACGCCACUUACCAACUCUCUAUCUGGUCCAACGUCGAAGCCGGCAUCGGUAUCACAGCAGGCUGUCUCACAACUUUCCGCCCCCUGGUCCGCUUCCUCCGCGACAGUUCCUCCGGUGGGCUGAGCCGCACACCAAACUCAUUCCCUUAUCCAACAACCGCGCUGCUGGCUUUCGCCGCUCCACGGAGCGACGAAUACCACGGCGUUACGACGACUAUCUCCACGGCGCGACAGAAAGACCUUAGUUCCAGCGAGGAAGAUCUGGCUCCAUACAGUAACGACAACGACCCCGAGGCUCCCGGGUGGAAGGUUGAGAGGUCUGUUCGCGUGUCCGUGCGUGAUUCACGAUAG